AUGAAUCUCAGCUGCUCCCUGUGGCAGGACAACAGCCUGUCUGUCAAGCAUUUUGCAUUUGCCAAGUUCUCUGAGGUCACUGAACAGUGUUUCCUUUUAUUCACCCUCAUCCUACUCAUGUUUUUAGCAUCCCUCACAGGCAAUACCCUCAUAGCCCUUGCCAUUUGGACCAGCUCGGGCCUCCACAUGCCCAUGUAUUUCUUCCUGGCCAACCUGUCUCUCUUGGAGAUUGGCUACACCUGCUCAGUCAUACCCACGAUGCUGCAGAGCCUUGUGAGUGAGGCCGGGGGCAUCUCCCGGGAGGGGUGUGCUAUGCAGAUGUUUUUCUUCACAUUUUUCGGUAUCAGUGAGUGCUGUCUUUUGGCAGCCAUGGCUUUUGACCGCUACAUGGCCAUAUGCUCCCCACUCCACUAUGCAACCCGAAUGAGCCGUGGGGUGUGUGCCCAGUUGGCACUUGUUUCCUGGGGAGUGGGUUGCAUGGUAGGCUUGGGCCAGACCAACUAUAUUUUCUCCUUGAACUUCUGUGGCCCCUGUGAAAUAGACCACUUCUUCUGUGACCUCCCGCCUAUCCUGGCUCUUGCUUGUGGUGAUACAUCCCAUAAUGAGGCUGCAGUCUUUGUUGCAGCCAUUCUUUGCAUUUCCAGCCCAUUUUUACUAAUCAUUGCUUCCUAUGGCAGAAUCCUAGCUGCUGUGCUGAUUAUGCCCUCACCGGAAGGCCGCCAUAAAGCUCUUUCCACCUGUUCUUCCCACCUGCUUGUAGUGACGCUCUUCUACGGCUCUGGGUCUGUCACCUACUUGAGACCCAAGGCCAACCAUUCACCAGGAAUGGAUAAACUCUUAGCUCUGUUCUACACAGUGGUGACAUCCAUGCUCAAUCCCAUCAUCUACAGUUUACGGAACAAGGAGAUCAAGGCAGCUCUCCAGAGAAUCCUGGGUAAGAAAAUAGUUUUGACUUGUGGGUAG